AGGAAGUAGACUCAAGAAUGUAAUGGAGGUAGGCCGUGAAUGGCCUCACACACCAGUACAGUAGGUGGCGGUAUACGCGAACUGACAACCAAAUCCUAAAGAAGAAGAAGAAGAACAGACGUAAACAAAGAGCACGUCGCACAGAUUCAUUCAAACGAGAGCAGGUCCACUGACGGUUCAACCACAGCGUCAGAAAUGAACGGUCAAGCCGAUAUGGAGGUGGACUACAAGCAGAAAUACAAAAAUCUCAAACGCAAAUUGAAAUUCCUGGUUUAUGAGCAGGAGUGUUUUCAGGAAGAGCUCAGAAGAUCCCAGAGGAAGCUGCUCAAAGUGUCCAGAGAUAAAAGUUUUCUGUUGGACCGACUGUUACAAUACGAGCGGGUGGACGAGGACUCCUCAGAUUCUGAUGCCACAGCCUCUUCUGAGAACAGUGAAGGAGAGGGCACCAGGGAGAGAGACGGAGGAAAGAAGAGAAGGAGUAGCCCUGGCGUAGGCCUUCCUUCGUCCUCGUCCUCCCAUCUCUCUCUCCUCUCUCGUUCUGGAGUGAACCCUCUCCAGUCAUCCGGCAGUACCCCCUACCUCAACACAUUGCCCUUCCCACCAGAGUAUUUGGCUCCACCAGCUGAGAGAAUGAAGAAAGAGAGAAAGACAAAGGCGCCCAAACACAAGAAAGAGACAUCGGGGAAGGUGGUGGCCCCUCUGGCAGCCAACUACCCAGCGGGCCCGACUGCCCCUCCCACAUCCAGCGCCUCGUUCAACUGGGUGCCCAGGCAGAUGCUGAGUGGAGACGCCGCGGAGGAGGAGGGAGAGAGCGACGGAGACUCAGACAGAGGAGACGACGACAGGGGGGAAGGAGAAGAGGCUGACCUUGUCAUCGAUAUCCCCAACGAGUGAACUGUGUGUGUGUGUAAAGGAUUGUUAGAGUGUGUGUGGAUUCAACCCCUCCCACUGUCAAAUGCUUAGCCAAGCUCCCCCCAGUGGACCUUCAGGUUACUGCAACAAUAUCUCUCUCUAAACAAUGUGACCUGUCAUAAUAAUGUUACUAAUUGACUCCUUUAAUGUAAUUGUACUGCCUUCUACUGUUAUACAAGUCAUGGAAGAAAUGGUAUUGAAGGCAUGGACAGCUACAGGACUGCAUACGUGUAGCACCUACCUUUUUAUAGGAAACUGUCAAAUAAAUCAUUUUCUGUUGGAGAUAAUGGAGAUGUUAUGUUUUCUACCAAUGACUUUUCAAAAUUAAAUUGCAUUAAAGUGGUAACAUUUCA